GAUCUUUCUUGUUGUUUUGGUCAAUGCGGAUAUAGAAAGAAGCGUGACUACCAGUGCAAGGAUGUAAAAGAAACUGCUUUUGAAUACAUUUGCUUUCUACGGCGAAGGCUCGAUAAAGUGAUGGGUAUUAUAAAAUGAUUAUUAUCGACUGUGUACAGUUACGUUAUGGCGCAAAGUGGAGUUGAAACUCAUUGCAUAGCUUGCAGAGUUUUCACGUUUGACGGAAGCCAGAACGGACAGUCCCUUUUAGUCUCCAUACCCGAGGUUGGUUACAGAUUUUGAAGGUUUUCUUACAACUCAUGUACAGCAAUUGAAAGGAUUCCAACAUUUGAUAUAAAUAAGCUGUUUUCUUAUCGCUGUGUUGUGCUGGCACGGUUUCAGCUGAGAACUCCAACUGCCAAUUGAAGAUAAAUAUGACUGUAAAUAUACAAUCAAACCCCAAUUCGGCACACACACAGAAGAGAUUCACAUGUUAACUUAAAAUUAAUUAACUGAAAAGCAUCCAAUAGAUCUAGCAAACAAAUAUAAGUACACUAUAUAGCAUACUUAUAAAGUAUAGUAUAUAAAUAUACAGUAUAAGUAUACUUAUAUAGUAUACUUUUUAAGUAAACUGUAUAGUAUACUUGUGUAGUAUAUAGUAUACUUACAUAGUACACUAUAUACAUAGUACUGUACUAAUAAAGUAUACUUAUGAAGUAUACUUAUAUAGCAUACUUAUAAAGGAUUCUGUUCAUAGUAUACUUAUAUAGUAAACUUAAAAUGUAUUCUUAUGUAGUAUACUUUAUAAGUAUACUUGUAUAUUAUACUUAUAUAGUAUACUGUAUAUAGUACUAUACUUAUAUAGUAUACUAUGUAAGUAUACUCUGUGAGUAUACUUACAUAGUACACUUAUAAAGUAUGCUAUAUAAGUAUAGAGUUUAAGUAUACUUGUAUAGUAUAUCUAUGGAGUACACUUACAUAGUUUUUGUAUAUAGUAUACUUUAUAAGUAUACUUGUAGUAUACUUAUAAAGUAUACUUAUAUAGUAUACUUUUUAAGUAUACUUGUAUAGUAUACUUACAUAGUAUACUUAAUUAGUACACUAUAUACAUAGUACUGUACUUAAGAAGUAUACUUAUAUAGCAUACUUAUAAAGUAUUCUAUUUAUAGUAUACUUAUAUAGUAAACUUAAAAAGUAUACUUAUAUAGUAUACUUUUUAAGUAUACUUGUAUAGUAUACUAUACAAGUAUACUCAUAUAGUAUACUUAUAAAGUAUGCUAUAUAAGUAUAGAGUUUAAGUAUACUUAUAGUAUAUUUAUAAAGUACACUUACAUAGUAUUUGUAUAUAGUAUACUUUAUAAGUAUACUUGUAGUAUACCGAUAAAGUAUAUGUAUAUAGUAUACUUUUUAAGUAUACUUGUGUAGUAUACAUACAUAGUACACUAUAUACAUAGUACUGUACUUAUAUAGUAUACUUAAGAAGUAUACUUAUAUAGCAUACUUAUAAAGUAUUCUAUACAUAGUAUACUUAUAUAGUAAACUUAAAAAGUAUACUUAUAUAGUAUACUUUUUAAGUAUACUUAUAUAGUAUACUAUAUAAGUAUACUCAUAUAGUAUACUUAUAAAGUAUGCUAUAUAAGUAUAGAGUUUAAGUAUACUUAUAUAGUAUAUUUAUAAAGUACACCUACAUAGUAUAUGUAUAUAGUAUACUUUAUAAGAAUACUUGUUGUAUACUUAUUAAGUGUAAUGCUCAAACAGUACUUAACAAAACAUGUUUGGUUCCUGCUAGUUGGUUUGCUCUGAGCUACUGUGGGAAACACAGAAGUGUAUCGUGACAGUCUCUGGACCGAAGACCUGCCAAAGUUUUUCUAAGUCAUUGGAAUUGAAACGAUCAUAAUAUUUAAUUCAAUAUAAACUCAUUGAAACAAACUUCUGCAUAACACAUUUCCUUUCUUUGGAAAAAUGCCACUAAAUUCCACAUAAUGCUCAUAAGUUGAUCCUGUUUAAUGUUUUGAAGUUAACUCAUGUUAAACUGUGGCCCAAUUCUCAGGUUCUUGAUCCUCAAUAUGGCAUGUAUGUGUGGCCUUGUGCUGUGGUGCUGGCUCAGUAUUUAUGGAUGAGAAGAGAAGAGCUGAGAGACAAGACUGUUCUGGAGGUGAGAGGAAGAUCCAUAUUUUGUUUCCCUUUUUUAGAUCUGAGCUUCUGUCUCUAAAACUUAACCCUUUCUCUCUCUCCUCAGCUGGGAGCAGGUGUGAGUCUUCCAGGUGUGGUGGCUGCAAAGUGUGGAGCGAAGGUGAUCCUGUCAGACAACGCCCAGACUCCUCUAUGUCUGGAGAACUGCAGACGGAGCUGUGAAGCUAACAGCCUCCAUGAUGUGCAGGUGUUGGGUCUCAGCUGGGGUGAAAUCUCACCAGAUCUGGUUCAGCUUCCGAAGCUGGAUGUUAUCUUGGGUUCAGACGUUUUCUACGAGCCACAAGGUCAGUCUGUCCUGUUUUUACUUUCCUGUGCUGGCUUUGGAAAGAAGCACAAACAGUUUCUCUGGAACACUUACCAACAUAAGAGAAUUUUCAACAUUUUCUCUUUUUAAAGUCUACAUUUUUUGUUACUGGUUACAGAUUUUGAAGAUGUCCUUGUCACUGUCGCUUUUCUGUUGAGAAGAAACCCAAAAGCAGAGUUCUGGACCACAUACCAAGAGAGAAGGUUGAGUAAACAACAUUUAACCCAUUAAUGAGCUAUAACACUAGGUUGUGCUGUGUUUAAGCACAACCUAGUGUUGUAAUAGAUUCUUUUAUUUGUAUCUGCAAGAAAAACGUCUUCAUAUUUCCUCUCUCCUGGUGUAUUGUUGAUCAUUACAGGUUGUUUAACCCUGUUGUUUGACUUUCACUCCCCUGUCUGUGUUUCAGCAAUGACUGGUCGAUUGAAGUGUUGCUCCACAGAUGGAAACUGUCUUGUCUUGACAUUGAGCUGAAAACAUUUGACGCUGAUAAACCUGAGCUGGCUGGAUCCACACUUCCUGGAAAUCACAGCGUGCUUAUGAUGAUCAUCACACUGAAAACAGACGACAUUUAAAUACAGCUGGGCAGAACUCUGUUUGAAUUUGGGAAAAUCUGAGAAGAGUCUAUACGACUGUUUCAACUCAUUAACUUACGUAUGUGAAAAAUUAUGUUGGUUGAAAUGUAAUAAUUUUCCUGGAAUUCAAAAAAUAAAUUAAAAAUUUAUUUCUCUAA